AUGCAUUUGAUUCUAAAUAGUUUUAUUAUCGGUAUUGCUCUAAUACCAUUAAUUUUUUCAACACCAGUCUCACUCGGCAAUGAUUUUUAUUUACCAACAUUAGAAAAUGUUGAAUCUCAUAUUGAUAAUUUAUGGGCAAAUUUUAAAAAAGGUUAUGGUAUUGUACAUAAUACAACAACUGAAGAACUUCAUCGUUUUAAAAUCUUUGCUUAUCAUGUUCAAAUGAUUAUUAAACAUAAUCUUGAACAUGAUCUUGGUUUACAUACUUAUCGACUUGGUAUUAAUAAAUAUGCUACAUUGACCAAUGAAGAAUUUCGUCAAAAAUAUAAUGGAUAUCGUCGUCAACAAAAUUCACGUUCACAAUUUUCUGAUAUUCGUCGUUUACAUAUUUCUGCUUCACCUUAUACAACUCUUCCAGUAUCAAUUGAUUGGCGUGAUCAUGGUCUUGUAACGCCAGUUAAAGAUCAAGGACAAUGUGGUUCAUGUUGGGCAUUUAGUACUACUGGUGCACUUGAAGGUUAUCAUGCACGAUCAAGUGGUAAAUUAGUUAGUUUAAGUGAACAACAACUUGUUGAUUGUUCAACAAAUUGGGGUAAUAAUGGAUGCAAUGGUGGUUUAAUGGAUAAUGCAUUUAAAUAUGUACAUGAUAAUAAAGGUAUUGAUGAUGAAAAAACCUAUCCAUAUGCUGGAAAAGAUGAAUCAGCAUGUAAAUUUCGUCGAAAAUCUGUUGCUGCAACAUGUGAUGGUUUUGUUGAUAUUCUAGAAGGAAAUGAAACAGCAUUACAAGAAGCUUUAGCACUCAAUGGCCCAGUUUCGGUUGCUAUUGAUGCUAGUCAAGAAUCAUUUCAAUUUUAUGUUUCAGGUGUAUAUUCCGAUGAUAAAUGUUCAUCAGAAAAUCUUGAUCAUGGUGUUUUAGCUGUUGGUUAUGGUGUUGCUAAUGAUCCUGUUAAAGGUCAACAAGAAUAUUAUAUUGUUAAGAAUAGCUGGUCAGCUGCUUGGGGUGAUAAAGGAUAUAUAAAAAUUGCUCGAAAUAAGAAGAAUAUGUGUGGUAUAAGUAGUGCUGCUAGUUAUCCAAUUGUUAAAGAUCAAUUGGUAGAAAGCAAGAUAAUUAAUUAUUAA